AUGUUUGGCAUUUCAUAUGGUGCGUUUUUCAUCUCUCGCCAGCGUUCGCUGUUACCGGUAGAAAGUGGAACCAGACUUACUAGGAUGGUUCAAAUCACGCGAAAGCGGUCAUGGCUUUUGAAUCUCCUCAAGUUCGGGUGGUUGGGUACAGAUGGAGUCGCCGCCCGGCUGUACGGCAUAACAGCGUGCGUGCUGUUGGAGGAUGUCGCCCCCAUAAUUCGGCGAUAUCAAUCAAGCACGUCUCUGGGGUACGCUCCACUCCGCCGGGCCACCCAUGGAAUGCCAAGAUGGUACGACGAAACCUCGUCGUCCUUAUCCACAUAG